GUGAGAGAGAGAGAGAGAGAGAGGGAGAGAGAGAGGGAGAGAGAGAGAGGGUUAGAGUAAGUGCUCGCUCUGCAGUAGUAGUUGUUGGUGUCCCGGUUCAGAGUCGUGCUGUGUCUGAGUCCCGUCUGGGUGUUUAUCUCGUGUUUUGUCGUGUUUAUCUCGUGUUUUGUCGUGUUUUGUCGUGCUUCAUCGUGUCUCCCGGGUGUUUAGCGGCGGGCCGACUGGUCGACUGACUGACCGAGUGUGUGUGUGUGUGCUGUGGUCAGCGGGUCCGCGGGCAGCAUGAUGUCGUUCAUAAAGCAGCAGCCGCACUACGCGAUGAACGGGCUCCCGCUGCCCGGGGCUGCGGGGAUGGAGCUGGUUCACACGGCCGUGGCCUACCCGGCCACCCCGAGAAAGCAGCGUAGGGAGCGGACCACCUUCACCCGCACCCAGCUGGACAUUCUGGAGGCUCUGUUCACGAAGACGCGCUACCCAGACAUCUUCAUGAGGGAGGAGGUGGCGCUCAAAAUCAACCUGCCUGAGUCCAGAGUACAGGUUUGGUUCAAGAACCGCCGUGCCAAAUGCCGCCAACAGCAGCAGCAGUCUAGUGGCCAGCCCAAGCCCCGUCCCCCCAAGAAGAAGUCUUCUCCACCACCGGAGCUGCCUUCUGAUCCUGGCUCAGGUUCCUCCGUGGCCCCACCCCCAGCCCCACCUGUGGUGGUCCCCAGCUCCAGUGCCGCUGUUGCCACGGCACCUGUGUCUGUUUGGAGCCCCACCUCUUUGUCACCGCUCUCAGACCCCCUGUGUGGCACAGGAACCCCCUGCAUGCAACGUCCUGCACCCUACCCAAUGAGCUAUGGCCAGCCAUCAUCCUACGGCCAGGGCUAUGGCACGUCACCGUAUUUCGGCGGCCUUGACUGCAGCCCCUACCUGUCUCCCAUGACCUCGCAGUUGUCUGCCAGUGGGGGUGCCCUGUCGCCUCUGGCUGUGCCAUCCAUGGGAGGCUCCCUGAGCCAGUCGCCCUCACUCUCCUCACAGGGCUAUGGCGCUUCUUCGCUGGGCUUCAGCUCCGUCGACUGCCUGGACUACAAGGACCAGCAGGCUUGGAAGCUCAACUUUAGCACCGUGGACUGCCUCGACCACAAGUUCCAGUGCAUUAUGCAGGGAGCAGGGAGCCAUUCAAGAUUCAGCUAGCAAGAAAAGAAGAGGGAUCGCAAAGAUGGAAGAGAGUGAGCACAAUCAGAGCCGUGUUUAACUCCAGUGACUUUUACAGACUGAGUCGGAAAUGAUUCACACUACGAUGAUGGAGAAACAAGGCAGCCGCUUCUCCAAGGCUCAGACUGAGAGCAAAUCGACUUCUCCAGAAUCUUGAUCAGUCAUCAGUAUUAUGAAUUUACCUCACACGCACACAUACAGACACACAGGCAAGGAACUUUCACACACAUAUUCAGAGAAGUAUCUCUUAGCCCAGUCUCUGUCCAGCUGUAUUCAACGGCACCGCCGACAUCUUUCUACUUUCUACUUCAAUUUGAUUUAUCUUCUAGGAGACUAUAGGAUUUACUGUGUUGUGCUUUUAGCUUGCUGUUAUUGAUGUAUUGUUCUGUUAAGUUACGCCAGAUUGUACGGUGUGCUUUUAUGCUAGAUCGAGAUAUCAUUAAACUUGACUUGUUAUUGAAA